AUGGCGCGAGCCUCUGCACGCAUCAAGGCACACCCCGCCAUCGAGCCCAAACAGGAACCAGAGCCCCCAUCACCCCGGAUCGCUAAAACGGCUGCGAACGCAAAGGACAAGGCGGCCAAGGCAAACGCAAAGGCGUCGCCCAAGAAACCGGCCCCCAAGCGCAAGGCCCCAAAGGACGAAGACGCCAGCUGUGACAGCUGCGCCGAGAAGGACGAGUCUUCGGACGACGACGAGAAGCCGGCCAAGAGGAGAAGAACCACGGCAGCACCCAAAUCGGCAGCCGCCGCCAAACCAGCAGCAGCAGCAGCAGCAGCAGCAAAAGGAGGAAAAGCCGCCAAGGCCAAACCGGCAGCAGACGGCAUGCCGCUCGCCGCCCGCACGGCCGUCACGUCGCUGAAGCGCGCCAUGUACAUUGGCGCGCACGUCUCGGGCGCCGGCGGCGUGCAGAACGCCAUCGACAACGCCGCGUCGAUCGGCGCCAACGCGUUCGCGCUGUUCCUCAAGUCGCAGCGCAAGUGGGCGUCGCCGCCGCUCGCCGCCGAUGCGCGCGCGCAGUUCGUGUCGCGCGCCGCCGCGCACGGCUACGACGCGGCGGCCCACGUGCUGCCGCACGGGUCGUACCUCGUCAACCUCGCGCAGGCCGACGACGCCAAGGCCGAGCAGGCGUACGGCUGCUUCGUCGACGACCUCGCGCGGUGCGACGCCCUCGGCGUGCGCCUCUACAACUUCCACCCGGGCAACACGGGCGGCGCGCCGCGCGCCGCCGCCUGCGCGCGCAUCGCGGCCCAGCUGAACCGCGCCCACGCCGCCACGACCGCCGUCGUCACGGUGCUCGAGAACAUGGCCGGCGCCGGCAACGUCGUCGGCACGCGCUUCGAGGACCUGCGCGACGUCAUCGCCCUCGUCGACGACAAGGACCGCGUCGGCGUCUGCAUCGACACGUGCCACGCCUUUGCCGCCGGCUACGACAUGCGCACGCCCGACGCCUUCGCCGCCACCAUGACCGCCUUUGACGACAUUGUCGGCCUCCAGUACCUCAAGGCCCUGCACCUCAACGACAGCAAGGCCCCCUUUGACGCGCACCGCGACCUCCACGCCAACAUCGGCACCGGCUUCCUCGGCCUGCGCGCCUUCCACUCCAUCGUCAACUAUGCCCCCUUUGCCGGCCUGCCCAUGGUGCUCGAGACGCCCAUCGACCGCAAGGGACCCGACGGCAAGUCGGUCGAGGACAGGCAGGUCUGGGCCGACGAGAUCAAGCUGCUCGAGAGCCUCAUCGGCAUGGACGCCGAGAGUGACGCCUUUGCCGCCCUCGAGCGCGAGUUGCAGGACAGGGGUGCCGGGGAGAGGCAGAAGAUUCAAGACCAAGUCGACAAGAAGACAGCCAAGGAGACGAAAAAGGCGGCGCCCAAAAAGGCCGCUGCCAAACCCAGGGGGCGGAAGAAGAAGGAGGAGACGGACGACGAGAGCGACUGA